AUCAGACUCAGUAGUGAUAGGCAAAACUAUAUGAUUAACUUGUAUUAGAAUCAAGGUUUUCUUUCUCUAGUUAGUGUGUUUUUCUUUGGUUUUCACUUUUGUUUUGUUUUGUUUUUUGAGUAGAUGUUGUUGCAAAUGUUGAUGUCAUUUCAAUGUUUAGGGUCUUGUUUUCAGAUAAUCCUGUGUAUAAUGUUUGAAAUUUUAAGUGAUUCUGUUGGUUAUAUUUAUAGCAAAUAUUCGAAUGUUGAAGCUUCCAGCUUUUUGUCAAAUGUUUUCAAAUCUUAAUGCUUAAGAAUAUUGGGUUAAUAAAAACUAAAUGUGAUUUAUAUUGUGUAUUAAACUUUUAUUGGAGGAGUUUAUAAGUGGGGGAAAUUUAAGCAAAUCUUUGAGUAUAAUUAUGGUUAAAUUGGAAAUGUUCGUGUUUAAAUAUAAUGAUAAAUGUAUUUUGAUAUUUAGCUUUCAGAAAAAGAAUACUAUUGCAAUAUUAAAAUGUUUUCUUGUCUAGAUAAUAAAUAUGAGAUUAAUUUGAUUUUUGUUAGUGAUAUUUAAUUCUGCUAGGGAAGGGACAAGUAUGGGUUGAUUUUUUUUUAAAAUAUAUAUGCUCAAAUUUUGUUAUUUGAUUCAAAUUUUAGAAAAUGGUUGCAAGUUUUAUAAAAUGUCAAUUUAUCUUUAAUUAAAAUGAAUUUGUUAUAUAUUUGUCAAUUUAAAUGUAUGACUACAGAAAUGUUUUGAUUAAGAACAACAACUUUUCUAUUAACUUUUAUAUGAUUUGUUGUUCUAUAGAUUUAUUUGUAAGAAACAUUUAAUUCUUAAUUUUCUGUUUUGAUAUUUGCUUUGCUUUUUAAUCUUAAGUGUGGUAAGUAGUACUGUUGUAAAAUAGUAUAAAAUGAUACAGGUUGCUGUUUUUGAUCUUUAUUUAUACCUGAGACCUGCAGUUUUUCUACAGUCCAAGUCACAAUUAAAAGUAAUAGCAUUCUGGUUAUUUUGCAGAAUUGCUCAUAAGAAUGGACAGGAUCUUGAAGGCUAACUGCAAGGAACUGUGCACACUGGAACUCAGUUGUAGAUUUUUUUUCUCAUUUCUAUUUAUUCUUAUUAUACAUUAUUUAUAUAUACAUAUUUUAGUAUUUACAUUUUAACAUUCUAUAUUCAGUGGAGUUCUAUAUUUCCAAUCAUUUUAACUUACUCACUAAAAUUUCUGUGUAAAUUUGUUGUUUUCGUACUGGUGUGCUUAGCGUUGUUGUUAGUUUUUUAUUCUCCUUUCUUAAAUUUCUGAAAAUGUCAAUUUUUCAAAAUUUACAGCUGCCCAAACUCCAAAAUGAUGAUAGAGAAUUGACCAAGAAAAAUAAAGAAAUCUGUUAACAGGCCAUGGAUGCCCGGGUAGUUAAAGACAUGGCAACCGGAAAGUCCAAAGGCUAUGGUUUUGUAUCUUUUUAUAACAAACUGGAUGCAGAAAAUGCAAUUGUGCACAUGGGGGGCCAGUGGUUGGGAGGUCGACAGAUCAGAACCAAUUGGGCCACACGUAAACCACCUGCCCCUAAAAGUACACAGGAAACUAACACUAAGCAGUUGAGAUUUGAAGAUGUAGUAAACCAGUCAAGUCCAAAAAAUUGUACUGUGUACUGUGGAGGAAUUGCUUCUGGGCUAACAGAUCAGCUUAUGAGACAAACAUUUUCACCAUUUGGACAAAUUAUGGAAAUUCGAGUUUUUCCAGAGAAGGGCUAUUCGUUUGUCAGAUUUUCAACUCAUGAAAGUGCAGCCCAUGCCAUUGUCUCUGUUAACGGUACUACAAUUGAAGGACAUGUGGUUAAAUGCUAUUGGGGUAAAGAAUCUCCUGAUAUGACUAAAAACUUCCAACAGGUUGACUACAGUCAGUGGGGCCAGUGGAGCCAAGUGUAUGGAAACCCACAGCAGUAUGGGCAGUAUAUGGCAAAUGGGUGGCAAGUGCCUCCCUACGGAGUCUAUGGGCAGCCAUGGAACCAACAAGGAUUCGGAGUAGAUCAAUCACCUUCUGCUGCUUGGAUGGGUGGAUUUGGUGCUCAGCCUCCUCAAGGACAAGCUCCUCCUCCUGUAAUACCUCCUCCAAACCAAGCUGGUUAUGGAAUGGCCAGUUUCCCAACACAAUGAGCUGGGACUCUAAACACAGUUGUAACUCACCAUAGGCUGCAAUUUCGUAUGACACUUUGAAGACAUGAAAAGUAAACAUCGGAAGUGAGAAUAUUUAUUUUAACAAUUGAAAUGUUGGAACCCUUAGCACAGCUUUGCCCGGGGAAGGACACGUGUCUUCUAGUUCUGCCUUUUUAAGUUUUUGUUCAUGAUGGAGAUGAACAUGAUUUUUCUUUGUGUACAAAAACUAAAAUAAAGUCAAUAAAGACAAUUCUGACUAUAAAUUUUGAUAUAAUAGGAGAAAUGGGUAAUACAUUUUGAUUCUUAGACACUAUUCCAUUUUUAUCUUGCUGUUCAGUAUUUUAACUCACUGUGUUUUUAAAAGAGCAAAAAAGGGAGUAUCGUGAAAACUGAGAAUCACAUCAGUGCGGCCUGAAUUCUGAUACUCCCCUCCCAUCCCUGAGGUGGACCACAUUGAAGUCAGCAGGAAAAGUGUGAUUUCAGAAGAAAUACGUGAUGUGUGGGAAUCGCUGUGGAAGAAAUAUUGUUUCUCUCUCUAUUAAAGAAACUGAAGCCAGACUGAAAGCUUGCAACCUAAAUAAGGAACAGCAUCGUAGAAGUCCCUUGAGUGAAUGCUGGUGGUUCACAUUAAUACAUAUUUUUAAAACUUUCAAAGUGUUGGUUAUCAAAAUGUAGUAUAUUGCAUUUCAUUCUGGGGGGAAAUUCCAAGUAUGGUGUUUAUAUUAAAGUCAGACAGUCAUACUUGUGCUUUUACAUGGAGUUUAAAUGAUAAACAUUGUAAAUAUUGAAUAACUACAGUGUUCCAAAAGCAUGCUUCAACAUAGAAGUAGCAGCAGUGUACUUAUCCGAGGUGACAAGUGACAUCCAUUCUCACUGCAGCGAGAGCGCAGUGCUCGGUAACAAUGUUUCAGAUGCCGUUUCCAGGUUGGCCAUGUAAAGGAAGAUGACACAGGUGACUACACAGAAGAAGCCUUAAUUUAAUUUCAUAUAGAUCCUGAAGCAUUAGUAUAUUCUAAAUUGUAAGUGGAAGUAAGUUAGUUCUGGACUUUUUUUUCUUCUUCUUCUUCUUCUUCUUCUUCUUCUUCUUCUUCUUCUUCUUCUUCUUCUUUUUUUUUUUUUGCUUUAUUUGGUACAAAAUACCUUGAUUAAAACCAGUGAAAUGAUUUCAGAUUUCCUAUAAGUUGUAUAGCACAAAUGUUUUUUUAAAAAUCUUGGGAUGUUUUUAAAAAUUAGAUAUAUUUUGCCCAAGAAUUUUUUUAACAAGAUUGCUAAAAUAUCUUAUUUAGACAGCUUGAUGUACCUAUUUAUAAUUGGAUAUUCAAUUUAAGUCAAACACAAAGUUGUGACUUUUAUUCCUAAUUUGUUCUUUUUCCUUGUGGGGAGUGUGUGGGUGACAGGCCUGAAGAGGCCUGAGUUGUAUGUGUCCAGUUUGUAAAUGAACCCAUAGGGAAGAUGCAGGAGUUCCUGGUGUGCUUCCACGGCAUUUUUCAGUCUUUGUGGAUACAGUCUGCCUCAUAGUUCCAUAAAACAGGAAUGUGAAAUAGAAAACAAUCUAUGUUUCAGUUGUGACAGCUAGGGGGUGCAAAUGUUCUGGCAGUGUAUUAAACCUGUUGGCCUGUGUAUGCACAAGAGCAAACAACCCCUAACAGUUCAGUGGUAAGGUCGGUAAGAUGCAGCUGGUGGCCGCGCUUAGCCAUUGAAGUCUAAUGAUUAAGAUAAUGUGGUUUUAUAUGUUGGUGACCACAAAAAUUCUGGUAUUUUUCCUCCUUCACUUAAAAAUACAGCCAAAUAUAUUUAGUAUAGAAAUUUACAGGGUCUGAAAUUCAUUUUUGAGCCAAAAUCUUAUGUACCUUAGUUUUUUUUUUUUUAACCACAACAGUCCUGUGUUAUACUUGUCUAUGACUGAAAUACCCCUGUUUCUUCUGAUCAUCCUACCUUUGGGGGAUGUUCUGGAAAAGGUACUUUAUAUUUUAUAAGAAGAAACCAAUAAGCUAAUAUUCUGCCCCUGAGUUAAGAUUUUUGUUAACCUUUGUGAAACUCAAACACCCUAAGGAUUUUCUAAAUUGAUAAAAGCUUUUAUUGAAUUAAAAUUUCAAUUUGCCUUUUUUUCCUCUGCCAGUAUAUUAAGUAGCUUAUUGAGAUAACUAAUGGCUUAACUCUAGUGUAGCCUUUUCUGUUAUAUAUUCUAUGAUUUAAUGAAAUUAUCCAUACUAGUUACAUUGCCAUAGUGAGCAUGUGACUGACAUGUCUUUAGUCUUAAUUUGGAUAAGAAAAAAGGUUUUCUUGAUAAGUCAGUCACAGUCAUUUCACUGCAAAUAGUUUGAAGAUAGAAAGGGAAAUGUCCAAACGAAAUGCACUAUUUUUGAAAGUACAGUGAUCAAGCUAACACAGGUUCAGACUGUCUUACUACGCAGAUUUGAGUUUGUGCCAUCUUGGUCCACUUUAAGCCUAAGAACUGUUGCCUUUCCCUUCCUGUGUUCGUAAGAACAGCAGAGAGACUCUUUGGCAUGCAAGGAAAUGUCUCUUCAUAGUUUCUUGAGAUUUAUCUUGGUGUGUUUCUGCCUGCCAUUGUCUGUGCUUGAAUCCUUUUCUGCUAGCAUUUCCUCGAUGCCAGUCCGUCUGAUCUUUAUGUCUGCCGGCAGUGAGAGGCCAACUAAAGCCAAAGCUGUAAACCACAGUUGAAGUAAGUCUUUCAAUAA